AUGGGGAAUGACGAAGGUGUUAAUCUAUCUCGUGAGAAUGAGGAAAACGGUGGAGAUCAAGAUGACAUAAGUCAAACAUAUCGAAUGCUUGAUAUUGUUGAUCCUCCAGACUGUGUAGAAGAACAACGUAUUCAAUGUGAAUGGGUAGACAGUUUGAAACUGAGAGUUGGUGCAGAGUUUAGCUCUGAAACUGGAUGUAACUGGUAUAUAAAUGCCGCUAAGACAGCUCAGUCACAUAUUUUCACGGUUAGAGUAUAUAGGAAAAUGCAUUCUUGCUCUCGGGCUUCUGCGUGUACUAGCAGCAAACGAAGGAAAGGCACACCUGGGUUAGUUGCAGGCGUUGUUAGUAAAACUUACCCAGGUCGAUUAAAACCACCACCUCCUAGAGAUAUCAUGGCUUUGGUUCAAACUAGAGGUCGUGUGGAGCUAUCAUACUCUAUGUUUAAUCAUGGAACGACAUCAAGUGUUGAACUGGAUGAGUUAGGAAGAUUCAAGUACCUAUUCGUCGCUCUGGGUCCUACCAUUGAAGGAAUGGAUUUGGUGGAUGCCUUGUAUUUGCAACAGCUCAGGAUCCGAAUCACCACCAUUAACCCCUUUCUUUUGGGGAAUGUAAGCCUGAUCAAUGCAAUAAGGGAUGUGUACCCGCAAGCUAAGCAUGGUUAUUGCAUUUAUCAUUUGGCCCAGAAUGUGAAAAAGAACGUUCGGAGAGAGAAAGAGUUAGUUGUAGGCAAGUUCAUGGAAGUUGCGAGAAAGUAUACAGAGGCUGAGUUUCUUGUGGCUUAUGGUCAACUGGGAGAAAGGUGCUAUUUUCCGGGAGAAAGGUACAACAUCGACACUAGUAACAGUGUAGAGUCUAUGAACAGCGUGUUUGAUGAUGCGAGGAAGUAUGCUUUAUUACCUAUGAUGGAUGCCAUCUUGUCAAAGGUAACUGAGCUGAACUCGUUUCUGCUUGAAUACGCUGUGGUCAGUGGAGAUGGGAAGACUUAUCUGGUGAACUUGAAAACCAAAUCUUGUUCAUGCAGAUGUUUUGAUAUAGACAAAUAUCCUUGCGUCCAUGCACUUGCUGUAGUGAGAAUUUUUAUGGACAGGGAAGAUAGAAGUGAAGACAUCUACUCGUAUGAUUUGUGCUUGAAGUAUUAUACUACUAAAUUGUGGGCACUUGCAUAUGCCAGGACGGUAUACCCUGUUACUCAUCGUUCACAAUGGGUAAUUCCAGAUGAUAUCAAAAAGAAGACUGCCCCAAAACCACCUGAGGUCCCGAAAAAAGCUGGAAGAAGACAAUAG